GUUCCGGCCUCCUAGUUCCUACGUUCUGGGGCGCUUUGUGCGCGUAGAAAUCCUCUUAUACAGUAAAGAGUAAACAAAUAGCCGGUUCCUCAAAUUAGUAGCAGUAUACUCUAAAAUAUUGGUUAAUCCCCCAAAAAGCAGAGAAAAAGAACAGCGAAAGAGAGGAGUGAUUACUAAAAGGCCAGUUCGAGCCACUGUCUGUGAUCUUACUUUCGUUUCGAUGGAGAACUUCAGUGGGGGUUUUGAACUGAAGGAGAUUCAGACACUAGAAGGUCACUCCGAUAGGGUUUGGAGCUUGGCAUGGAACCCUGCCACUGGGCAUUCUGGAACUCCCUACGUCUUCGCCUCCUGUAGUGGCGACAAAACCGUUCGAAUCUGGGAGCAGAAUCUGUCCACUGGUCUUUGGGGCUGCAAGGCAGUUUUGGAAGAAACACACACUAGAACAGUUCGAUCGUGCGCUUGGUCACCAUCUGGAAAACUCUUGGCUACUGCCAGUUUUGAUGCUACUACUGCUGUCUGGGAAAAUGUUGGGGGUGAUUUUGAGUGUGUCUCUACUCUAGAGGGUCAUGAAAAUGAAGUGAAGAGUGUAUCUUGGAAUGCAUCUGGAUCUCUGCUUGCAACAUGUGGCAGAGAUAAAUCUGUUUGGAUAUGGGAAGUGCAGCCAGGUAAUGAGUUUGAGUGUGUGUCAGUGCUGCAAGGACAUACUCAAGACGUGAAGAUGGUGCAGUGGCAUCCAACAAUGGACAUAUUGUUUUCAUGUAGCUAUGAUAAUAAUAUUAAGGUUUGGGCAGAUGAAGGUGACAGUGAUGAUUGGCAGUGUGUCCAGACUCUAGGAGAAGCUAAUAAUGGUCAUACUUCUACCGUGUGGGCUCUCUCCUUCAAUACUAGUGGAGACAAAAUGGUUACCUGUAGUGAUGAUCUUACCCUGAAGUUAUGGGAAACAGACAGCAUAAGAAUGCAAUCUGGAAAUGGAUUUGCUCCUUGGAGACAUCUUUGCACUCUUACAGGGUAUCAUGAUCGGACAAUUUUCUCAGUUCAUUGGUCAAGAGAAGGCAUCAUUGCCAGUGGAGCAGCCGAUGAUUGUAUACGACUCUUUGUGGAGAAUAAUGAAAACCUGGUUGAUGGCGGUCCUCUUUGUAAAUUGCUGCUGAAGAAGGAGAAAGCCCAUGGCAUGGAUGUAAAUUCAGUGCGUUGGAGCCCAGGGGAGAAGCGGCUGCUAGCCUCUGCUAGUGAUGAUGGGACUAUCAAGGUGUGGGAGCUGCUAUCACGGUGACUUCGCUGAUUCAAGUUUUACACAUAUUCUGCAUCAGUAUAAGAAAAAUAUUUAUACUGCUGAAGCCUGGUAGGAGAAACGAGCAGGCGUCGUCUUCAUAGUUUUAUUAUUGCCUAUUUAAAUAUUUAAGAUUAAUAUUCAUUCAGGUUUGACUGUAAAUUAAUUACUAUUAUUACUAUUUAAACUAUAUGGUUUUGAUUUAAGCAGAUUAAUAGAGUUGGUUUUACUUUU